GUGCCCGGCCUCGCCUCCGCCCCUCCCGGCCGCGCCGCCCGCCGGGCCCCGCUGGGGAGCGCGUCUGGCGUUGUUCCGGCGGCCGCGUCCCGCCCUGCCCGGCGCGCCCCCGACCCCACCCCGCCGCCACCUCCCCGCCCGCCCCCGGGGCUGUGCGGGAGAGACAAUAGAGCUGCGGGCUCCGCGCUGAGCUGCGCGCCCCGGGGAUGGGCGGCGAGGUGUGCGCGGCCCCGGGGGCUCUGCGCUGCGGGAUGGGGCUGUAGCGGGGCUCGGGGUGGGGGGGGAGCGCGGCUUGGCUGGGGGGGAAAGGCGGAGAAUGGGGGGCGAUGCCCCUUUCUGAGCCCAGCCCGCCUCUGUGCUAACCUGGCAGGAUGCGGGAGAUGGCGGGGCUGCUGUGAAGAAAGUACCGGGGCUGGCCGGAGGCUGGAGAGCGGGACAUGUUGCUGGUACCCCGCUGAUGCUCGCCGGGUGUCGGCUCUGCUGGCAAAGGGGAGGCUGGUGAGGAGCUGGAGGACGGCGACGCGAGGCCACGGUGGGGGAAAAUCCGAGGCUCCGGCUGGGAAACCAUGGGGAGAUGCAAUGGGAGAUGUACGCUGGUCGGAUUCUGCUGCCUGCAGCUGGUGGCGGCGCUGGAGCGGCAGAUCUUUGAUUUCCUGGGCUACCAGUGGGCCCCCAUCCUGGCUAAUUUCCUACACAUCAUGGCCGUCAUCCUGGGCAUUUUUGGGACCAUCCAGUACAGAUCCAAAUACCUCAUGGUGUACGCGGUGUGGCUGGUGCUGUGGGUCGGCUGGAACGCCUUCAUCAUCUGCUUCUACCUGGAGGUUGGACGCUUGUCGCAGGACCGAGACUUCAUCAUGACCUUCAAUACCUCACUGCAUCGCUCGUGGUGGAUGGAGAACGGGCCGGGCUGCCUGGUGACGCCGGUGCUCAACUCCAACCUGGCGCCCGAGGACCAUCACGUCAUCACCGUCAGCGGGUGCCUGCUCGACUACCAGUACAUCGAGGUGGUGAGCAGUGCCACGCAGAUCUUCCUGGCGCUCUUUGGCUUUGUCUACGCCUGCUAUGUCAGCAAAGUGUUCCUGGAGGAAGAAGACAGCUUCGACUUCAUUGGUGGGUUCGACUCCUACGGCUACCAGGCGCCACAGAAGACAUCACACCUACAGCUACAGCCACUCUACACAUCCGGGUAACCUGCCCCGGAUCCAGCCCCAGCCCAGCGUGGGAGCCAGAGGCGACAGGACCCCUGAGAGUGAACUGUCCCACACCCAAUGACAAGACCCCCAUCAAGGGCGGGGGGACACGAUGCCGAGACACCCAUCCGCUCCCUGCACCCUGCAAGACCCCCAAGGAUGGAGCCAGGAGCUGCACGUCCAUCCAGCCUGGAAGCCUCCGAGCUCAAACCACACACCCACGGCAGGACUGGAGGGAGGGGGCUGGAUACGGGGGGACCCCCCCACGCUGUGCUCGCCCCUCAGGCUCCCGCAGCCUCCCCGGGAUGGGGACACGGGGACACGCAGGGAUGUGGCAUCACUCACUGGACACCGUUUUCUUCUGUUUCUCCCAGCCUGGAUUUCCCUUGGAGCAGCAAGGCCCUUCCCGAUGUUCCGGGCAGGAAGGGGCUGGAGCGGGAUUGGGGUGAAACCCAGCUGGUUUGGAGCAAACUGGGACCAGGGAUGAGGGAUGAACAGUGCUUUGGGGACAGGGACCAGCUUCGUCCUUCAGGGCUGGGACAUUUGCCUGAAACUCCGGGUCUGGGAGUUGGGCUGGCCCCAAAAAUGGGGGUUUUGCUCCCAGAAGGAAUUUCCCAGCCCCGCCUGGCUGGAUGGAACAGUGCCAAAGGGGUUUGGUCCCGGAUGAUUCCCUUCACCAUCAGGAGCUGGAUCCGGCUGUCAGCAUCUUGUCUCAAUUCCCCCCCAGCCUGGGGACAUGGAGGGACACAGAGCACCCCGAAUCCUCCUGCAAGCCCCCCUAUCCCUCCCACAUUUUGGGGGGGGGUCUUGCUCCAAGUUGGCAAUACUGACGCUGCUUUGACACAGCCCCUUUCCGGCUGUUUUAACGCAUCUCAUGAAUGUUUUGGGUUGGUUUUCUCCUUUCUAAUUACUGGGUUUGGUUAAUUUGUAUUAAUUUGAAGUGCCUGAGCAGUGGCUGAACAUGACCCCCCCCCCCGGCCGACACCGUGCCUUCAGCAGCGCUCUGCCCACUCCAGGGCACCCCAGGGCCUCCAACCCCCCCCCCGGUCCCUCCAUCCAUGUGGGAUCUUGGGGGCAAAUCCACCCCAUCAGGUCCGGCAGCAGGAGCGGGGUGACAUCGGGACAUGGGGAAUGGUUAUUUGGGGGGGGGGGGGAAUGUUCAAGAUCCAUUGGGCAGCGAUUGCUUUGUGAAUGGAGAUGAGCUGGGAAGUAACACCCCAGAGGAAGCUGGAAGGAAAAGGAAGUUCCAUGAAGCAUCCCAGCUCCCCAUAUCCUCCUUCUUCUCCUUUGUUUCCUGGAGGUGGGAUGUGGUGUCUCCUGGAUCUGGCCCCAAGCCCACCCUUGGCAUCUGUGAGUGUGUGUGUGGGGGGUGAAUUCUGCCUCCCAGGGGUUUGUCCUCCCAUCCUGGGGGUUAUACGGGGAUAGUCUUUGUGUUUCCCAACACGCAGCUGGGAAGUGCCAACAGCCGAAGCUGCCCAAGCCCAAACCCCAAAUCCCCCUGGAUUUGGCUGCAUCCCCCCACCAGCCCCUCCAUCGCCUCCAGCCAAGCUGCGAACUCUACAGGCAAUAAUUUUUCCACCUUUUCCCCUAUUUUUUCCAAGGAAAAUAAUGUUUUUCAGGUGACAGAUUCCCCCUUAUCCCCAAAACACAUCCCCAGCCCCAAGCGCUGCCCAGCCCCAGCAACAACAGCAUCUCCAGGGCUGAUUUUCCUCUCCAGGACCAAGGAUGCUCUCGCUGACCGGUGGGAUGGGAUGCAAUAGGAUGGGAUGGGAUGCGAUGGGGUGGGAUGGGAUGGGCAGGGCAGGCACCCACCUGCUCAAACCCCUUCUCCAAGCCAGCAGGAAGCAGAAGGAAAAGCCUGGAGUCAUUCUAACUCAUUCAGAGGAGCUGCCCUCCCUCCUGAGCUCGGUGGGAGCCAGGCACCGGCGCCGCAACCUUUUGGGUUUCCUUAUUCCCCCUUUUCCGUUGGCUUGUUUUUAUACAGGACUGUAUUUGUAAUGUGAACGAGGAUUUCUUUUCUAUUCUGUAAUUAUAAAAGGCGAAGGAAGGUUUCAGCUGAUGCUGUCCCACUCUGGGGCAUUUCCCUUCCUGGUGCACUUGAAUCGAUUAAAAUCUGGUGGGUUUUUUAA